ACAGCGCGUAGACCGGAAGCGUGUCCUAACGCUUGUGUUUAGCUGUUUGUUUUAGCCGUAAAUAAAUUGUUUAUUCUCUUCUUUGGACUGUUUACCUACAAACAACAAAAUGGGAAAGAGGCAGCAUCAAAAGGACAAGAUGUACAUCACCUGUACAGAGUACACACAUUUCUAUGGAGGGAAAAAAGCAGAAAUUCCACAGUCGAAUUUCAGGCGAUUACCAUUUGAUCACUGCAGUUUGUCUCUUCAGCCAUUCGAGUAUCCCAUGUGCACCACAGAAGGUGUGGUCUUUGACCUAAUGAGCAUAGUCCCAUGGAUUAAGAAGUUUGGAACCAACCCCAUCUCAGGAGAGAAACUCGAGGCCAAAUCCCUCAUCAAGCUCAAUUUCAGCAAGAACAAUGAAGGGAAGUACCACUGCCCUGUGCUCUACACUGUCUUCACAAACAACUCCCACAUUGUGACCAACAAAGUCACAGGAAACGUCUUCUCAUAUGAGGCAGUGGAGCAGCUGAACAUCAAGACAAAAAGCUACAAAGACCUGCUGACUGAUGAGCCGUUUACCCGCCAGGAUAUCAUCACACUUCAGGACCCCACAAAUUUGGAUAAAUUCAACGUCUCCAACUUUUUCCAUGUGAAAAACAAUGUGAAAGUUUUGGACCCAGAUGAGGAGAAGGCGAAGCAAGAUCCAGCAUAUCACCUGAAGACCACUAAUCUGGAGACAAGAGAGACGCUGGCCGAGCUCUAUAAGGAGUAUAAGGGAGACGAGCUGCUGGCAUCGACCAUGAAGGAGCCUGAGGCCAAAAAGACAGACAAACUCAAUGCUGCUCAUUACUCCACAGGUAGAGUGUCUGCCUCCUUCACCUCCACUGCCAUGGCUCCUGCAACCAUACAUGAAGCAGAUGCUAUUGCAGACGAUGCAGUGCGCUACCAGUAUGUGAAGAAGAAAGGCUAUGUCCGCCUGCACACCAACAAAGGAGACCUGAACAUGGAGCUGCACUGUGAUAAGGUGCCCAAAGCUGGUGAGAACUUCAUAAAGCUGUGUAAGAAAGGCUACUACGAUGGGACGAUAUUUCACCGAUCGAUUCGGAACUUCAUGAUUCAAGGAGGAGAUCCCACAGGCACCGGUACAGGCGGCGAGUCGUACUGGGGAAAGCCGUUUAAGGACGAGUUCAAGCCAAAUCUCUCUCACACUGGCCGUGGAGUGCUAAGCAUGGCUAACUCAGGACCAAACACCAAUAAAUCUCAGUUCUUUAUAACCUUCCGUUCGUGCACAUACCUGGACCGUAAACACACUGUAUUUGGCAGAGUGGUGGGUGGGUUUGAGACCCUCACAGCCAUGGAGAAUGUUGAGAGUGACCCUAAAACUGACAAGCCGAAGUCUGAGAUUAAGCUGCUAAGUACUACAGUGUUUGUGGAUCCUUAUGAAGAGGCAGAUGCACAGAUUGCAGCAGAGCGGGAGAAGGAGGCUCAGAAGCAGGAGGAGGAAAGAGCUCAGAGCUCGUCCACUCUCAGCAAAGCGAAAUCUGAACAACCACCCAAAGCCUACAGAGCAGGGGUCGGCAAAUAUAUCAACAUGGCGGCUGCUAAGCGCUCUGCAGAGGAAGAGGACCCCAAACCUUCUACCAGCGAAACAGCAGCUAAAAAACCCAAGGGCAGGACGGGCUUCGGAGACUUCAGCUCCUGGUAGACAUUUAAUUGUGAAUACUGUAUAUUAAAGAUUCUUUUCAAAUUCUUCCUUUUUGUUUUUAGUAUGCUUGAGAUUUAGUUCAGCUUUUUUUUCUUUUCUUUUUGUAAACAGUCCAUACAGUGUAAUUUCUUUAUCUGUAUUUGAAUUGUUCAUUGAAUAAAUCAGUUUUCCUAAAA